AUGACAUUCUUAAGUCAAAAGCAGGAGGACUUUACUGAAGACCAGGAGGGCUUUACUGAGGACCAGGAGGACUUUACUGAAGACCAGGAGGGCUUUACUGAGGACCAGGAGGGCUUUACUGAAGACCAGGAGGGCUUUACUGAGGACCAGGAGGGCUUUACUGAAGACCAGGAGGGCUUUACUGAAGACCAGGAGGGCUUUACUGAGGACCAGGAGGGCUUUACUGAAGACCAGGAGGGCUUUACUGAGGACCAGGAGGGCUUUACUGAAGACCAGGAGGGCUUUACUGAAGACCAGGAGGGCUUUACUGAGGACCAGGAGGGCUUUACAUGCUGUGUUAAUUAA